GCCAUGAACCAUUUGGUUGGACCGCCUGAGGGGGAGGUAAGUGAAGAGCCAGCAACUGGAGCAGUGAACGAGUCAGUGGAGGCUGACUUGGAGCACCCAGAGGUGGAAGAGGAACAACGGUAUGCAACUCGCUACCCAAGGCAUACAAACAGCAGCCAAGGAGGGGGCCUGUCUGGGCAGGAGGAGGAAGGGAUGCUAGCUCGGUCAGCCAGCACUGAGAGUGGUUUCCACAAUCACACGGAUACUGCAGAAGGGGAUGUGAUAGCCACAGUGGAGGACAGUUACGACACAGAGAGGGUUCAGGAGAAUGAGGAUGAGAGUGCAUAUGCGGUGCAGUACAGGCCUGAGUCUGAGGAGUACACGGAGAAUGCUGAGGCUGAGCAUGGCGAGGCCAUUCGUAAUCGAACAUUGCCCAAUCAUUUACAUUUCCAUUCCAUCGAACACGAGGAAGCCAUGAAUGCAGCCUACUCGGGUUAUGUCUACACACAUCGGCUGUUCCACCGAGGAGAGGAUGAACAGUAUGCUGAGCCUUACGCCGACUACGGACUGCAGGAGCAUGUGUAUGAGGAGAUAGGAGAUACACCAGACCUCGAUGUUAGGGAGGGGAUCCAACAGUAUGAGCGGGAAAGGGAGGAAGCUGACAAUUACCGCAAGGAGGCACUUGGUGCCCGCCUUCACCAUUAUGAUGAACGGUCUGAUGGAGAGUCGGACAGCCCUGAGAAGGAGGCAGAGUUUGCGCCCUACCCGAGAAUGGAUAGUUAUGAACAAGAGGAGGACAUUGAUCAGAUUGUAGCAGAGGUGAAGCAAAGCAUGAGCUCCCAGAGCUUAGACAAGGCGGCUGAAGACAUGCCAGAGGCAGAGCAGAGUUUGGAGCACGGACAUGCUCUUGCUGGCAGUGGGCAUGAAAGUAAUGGCCAGCUCCCAGCUGGUUCUCGUGUUACAUCCAGCUCGGGAGAAUCUGUACAGAGGUACAGCAAGGAAAAGAGAGAUGCAAUUUCACUGGCCAUCAAGGAUAUUAAAGAGGCCAUUGAGGAAGUGAAGACAAGGACCAUCCGUUCUCCUUACACCCCUGAUGAACCUAAGGAGCCUAUCUGGGUGAUGAGGCAGGACAUCAGUCCAACCAGGGAGUCUGACGACCAGAGGCCACUAGAUGGAGAUUCUCCAUCUCCGGAUUCCUCUUCACCUCGGGGUGCUGAAUCGUCAAGUAGGCAACAUCACCAGGAUGUCUGCAGUACAGCAGAGGCCUCCACUAAUAAAGAGUCCAGAAAAAGCUUGGCUUCAUUUCCAACCUAUGUUGAAGUUCCUGGACCUUGCGAUCCUGAAGACUUAAUUGAUGGAAUCAUUUUUGCUGCCAAUUACCUGGGCUCAACUCAACUCCUUUCUGAUAAAACUCCCUCCAAGAAUGUGAGAAUGAUGCAGGCGCAGGAAGCUGUCAGCAGGAUCUUACAUAUGUAGUAGAUUUUUCAUCAGAUGGCCCAGAAAUUAGCCAAAAGCAGGAAGAAGGCUCCAGAAGGUGAAUCGCAACCCAUGACUGAAGUGGACCUCUUCAUUUCUACACAGAGAAUAAAAGUACUGAAUGCAGACACACAGGAAACCAUGAUGGAUCAUCCCCUGAGGACCAUUUCUUACAUUGCAGAUAUAGGAAACAUAGUUGUUUUGAUGGCUCGUAGGCGAAUGCCACGGUCUAACUCCCAGGAUAAUGUGGAAGCAUCUCACCCUUCCCAAGACGGAAAGAGGCAGUACAAAAUGAUUUGCCACGUCUUUGAGUCGGAGGAUGCACAGCUGAUUGCACAGUCCAUAGGUCAAGCAUUUAGCGUGGCCUACCAGGAAUUUCUGAGGGCGAACGGAAUCAACCCAGAAGACCUUAGCCAGAAGGAAUAUAGUGACUUGCUUAAUACCCAGGACAUGUACAAUGAUGACCUGAUUCACUUCUCCAAAUCUGAAAACUGCAAAGAUGUUUACAUUGAAAAACAAAAGGGAGAAAUCCUAGGCGUAGUGAUUGUGGAGUCUGGAUGGGGAUCUAUUUUGCCUACAGUUAUCAUAGCCAACAUGAUGCACGGCGGACCAGCAGAGAAGUCUGGAAAGCUGAACAUAGGGGAUCAGAUCAUGUCGAUCAAUGGGACCAGUUUGGUUGGUUUACCACUCUCGACGUGUCAGAGCAUUAUAAAGGGUUUGAAAAACCAGGCCCGAGUUAAACUGAACAUAGUGAGGUGUCCUCCGGUAACCACAGUCUUGAUCAGGAGACCGGACCUCAGAUAUCAGUUGGGCUUCAGUGUGCAGAAUGGGAUUAUCUGUAGCCUUAUGAGAGGAGGCAUAGCAGAGCGAGGAGGUGUGCGUGUCGGCCAUCGGAUCAUUGAAAUCAAUGGACAGAGUGUUGUAGCAACACCCCAUGAGAAGAUUGUUCACAUUCUUUCAAAUGCUGUUGGUGAGAUUCAUAUGAAGACUAUGCCAGCUGCCAUGUACAGACUGUUGACUGCGCAAGAGCAACCAGUUUACAUCUAA